UCUCAGCACAGACUCAACACAAGUCUCUCGGUUUUUGCUGUCGGUGCUACGGAAGACAACAGAACAACACCAGUGCUGCGGAGUGAGGACAUGAGAAGCCUCAGCUGUAACUAACUAAACAGUCUUUCUUUUCAAAAAGCCAUUUCGCCCGCUACUCUUGAGCGUCCUCCGCUUUUUAGAAACAGACUUUAACUCGUGCUGCUUGCAAAUAUUCCCGGAAGAAUAAGUCACGGAUAAAAUAAAGCGAAAUAACGGGACACGCUUUGUUUUUGGUGUGUGUGUGUGUGUGAGGGGGGAGGGGGGGGGGGGAGAGGAUGAAAUGUGUGGUCCUUGACAGUGUCUUCUGAGGAGCUUGUCCAACACUGAGCUGUAGUUUUUCUUCAAGAGGCGAGGAAUGCGAGCUGAGCAUCAAUGUUUCACUGGGGCAAGUGGAAGAAGAGGAUGGGGGCCAACAGUUCCUCUAAGAGACCAGUGUUCGAUGAAAAGGAAGAUGUGAACUUUGAUCACUUCCAGAUACUGCGGGCCAUUGGGAAAGGCAGCUUUGGAAAGGUGUGCAUUGUGCAGAAGAGGGACACGGAGAAGAUGUACGCCAUGAAGUACAUGAACAAACAGCAGUGCAUCGAGAGAGAUGAGGUCCGAAACGUCUUUAGAGAGCUUGAGAUCCUACAGGAAAUUGAACAUGUUUUUUUAGUAAAUCUCUGGUACUCAUUUCAGGAUGAGGAGGACAUGUUCAUGGUGGUGGACCUCCUGCUGGGAGGAGACCUUCGUUACCACCUGCAACAGAGCGUUCAGUUCAGCGAGGACGCAAUCAAACUCUACCUCUGUGAGAUGACACUGGCACUAGACUAUCUGCAGAACCAACACAUCAUCCAUAGAGAUGUCAAGCCUGACAAUAUCCUGCUGGAUGAGAAAGGUCACGCCCACCUGACGGACUUCAAUAUUGCAACAAUAAUAAAGGACGGAGAGAGAGCCACCGCCUUAGCUGGAACCAAGCCCUACAUGGCCCCAGAGAUCUUCCAGUCCUUUGUAAAUGGAGGGACAGGCUACGCCUUCGAAGUAGACUGGUGGUCACUCGGGGUGACAAUCUUUGAAGUGCUGCGUGGAUGGAGGCCCUAUGAUAUUCAUUCCAGUAACUCGGUGGAGUCCCUGCUCCAGCUCUUCAGCACAGUCAGUGUGCAGUACAGCCCAGCAUGGCCUAAGGACCUGGUUUCACUGUUGAGGAAGCUACUGACAGUGAACCCAGAGCAUCGUUUCUCCGGUGUGUCUGACAUGCAGACAUCUCCCUACCUCGCUGAUGUCAACUGGGAUGCUGUAUAUGAGAAGAAGAUGGAGGCUGGAUUUGUCCCUAAUAAAGGCCGCCUCCACUGCGACCCCACCUUCGAACUGGAGGAGAUGAUCCUCGAGUCGCGUCCCCUUCACAAGAAGAAGAAGAGGCUGGCCAAGAACAGGUCUCGAGACAACAGCAAGGAUUCACAGUCUGAGAAUGAUUACUUACAGGAGUGCCUUGAAGUGGUGCAGCAAGAGUUCAUGAUCUUCAACCGCGAGAGGUUGAAAAAGCGUCAGGAUGAAGGUCAGUCAGAGGCCGGGGGCGAUGAUGCCAGCGGAGACGGGGACAGAGAGGCUGAAUCUGGGGCUACCGAUGAUGACGCACCUGAGCCAGAACCUGAACCUGGUCCCGAGACGGAGCCCGAGUCCUCCAAGCUGAGCAUGUGUGGCUCAGUCUGCUCCUCCCCCGGCAGCUGCUAGCACCACAUCGCCUCACAGUGGCGAUUGCAGGUCUCUCUGGCCACUGCAGUGUUUGUGCCAUACCAGUAGAUACGUUGGAACCUCUCUCCUCUAUUGUAGCUAGGAGUGACGGAAACGCACAGCAGGGCCCCUUGAUACACAGCAGGACCUAAUAUGGCUCCCACCAUUUCCCUUAUCUUUAUUUUUUCUGUAGCAUCCUUCCAGUAAGGCAUGACUGAAGCAGAUUUUCGUGAGAGUCACCACCUACUGUAUCCGUCUGCCCUAGAGUAAGCUCUUACUUCUAUGCAAUGUUACAGUAUAGCAUGACAAAUAAUGUAUCACUUACUAAGAGGUGUUGUUCAGGAGCCCAAAGCUCCACAGGCAUGAAGACAUCCUGAGCAAUAGCGGUCUGCGGAUUUUGUGGGAUUGGUGGUUUUGGUGGAGACGUCCCCCCUCUAAGCUUUCCUGUUCAAAACCUAAUGGGAGACUGAAUUAUUCAGCACAUGCAGGCUCUCCAAUUUAUUUGACUGCCUGUGUCUUCUUCCCUCAGCCAUUUUCAUGUAAUAUGUGCUCCGAUUUAGGGAAAAUAGUUUUUUUCCUCUUUCUCCUGCAGCACCUUCCUCCUGUAACAACACCUUUCCAAGACACUUUCAAAGUAAAGUAUGUUAUCAUGGCUGUUUCCUGUUGGCCAAGACAGAGUGACUGGUUUCCUGUUGUUUUAAAGGGGUGAUAAUCAGUCUGUGUUAAUAACUGUGUAGCCAUGGAAGCGUUAUGAGUAAGAAUGCUAAUUUGAUUUUAUCUCCUUUAGCGUUAUCCAACUGUUGUUUUCACAAGCAUUUUAGGAUGAGAAGGUGCUGUGAUUUAUGGGAGAAAAUGAGUGCAACAAUACGAAUGAGAAGUCUUGCUUGUCACUGUGUCUGCAAUCAUGCCGUGGUAUAGUGUUUUAACCUCAAAGAGCAUUCAGAAGCUGCUCUGCGGCAUAAACUCAAUUAACAACAGUCCCAUCCUUUAAUAUUUGCUUCACUAGACAUCGUCACCUCUUAAAGUGCUUGGUUAGUAGUGAAAAAAAAAAAAAAAAGAGAAAAAAGAUCAUCUCCCUCUCUAGUUUAUUUUGGGGCUUAACGUUAAUGUGUAGCUGUGUCCUGUUGGUACUUCCCAAUCGCAUAGAUGAGAUAGACGUCAUGAUAGUGUUACAGUUAAGGUGGCACCCUCGAUCUCAGCGUGAACACCUGGGAACAUGUAGCAAAAGUCCACCUUAAGAAAAUCCUAAGGCCUAAUAAAAACGAAAACCGUGUACAUAGCAUACAGUGUAGGUAAUUAAUCUCACCACAGUUUUAUGUGGGACUGCGAACUCGACAUAUAAACUAAAGGAAGAGCUGUGUGAAGCCUCAGUCUGCUUCACUCCUCUCUUCCUUUUCCAAGUGUGCAGGCACAACUUGUAGGCAAAAUAUGCCAAAGCUUUUCUACCAUUUGCAUAACCAUUUCUAAGGAACUUAACGUGUGUGAAUGUAAACGUCUCCUUUUUUCCCCCCCGGUAUAACGUAAAGUCCACGUUCCUUCUUCUGCAAGUGAAAAAAAAAGUCAUUUAUACAUUCAUAUUGUGAUUAUGUAUAAAGUAUAUAUUUCCGGUGGUGCGGUGACCUCAGAGUAUCGUUUUUUGUUUUUUUGGGAAGUGUACUUAUUCGCUGUGUUUGGGAGAAGGAAAUGAAAAGAACAAUAAUACCACUAUGAGUGCAGAGCUGGAGCUGAUUGGAUAUUAUCUUAGCAUGCAGAACAGGAAGCAGAGUUUUGAAACAUCCAGGUCUUCUAAAGCUCACAAAUUCACCCCUUGUACAAUAAAUAGUGUUUAAAAAAACGAUUUGGGCAGCAUUUCCAGAUGUGCUGCACAUAAGUUAUGAAAAAGAAAAAACACAAAUUAAGAUUAUUCAAACGUUUGAGUGCAAUCAUUAAAAACAAGCAGAGAGUUUGAUUUUUGAACUUUACUUAGAGCCAAUUAUUUAGAAGACUCAUGGGAACAAUCAGGCGUUAGGAACGAGUAAAAUGGAGACAUCGUUAGGUUAUAUUUACACUGACUUCUCGCACGUGCACUGUGAAAUCUUAUGCUGUUUUCAGAACCACAGCUAUGAAUAUUCUCUGCAGUCUACUUGACCUAAUUUAUCUUUCCUGGAUUGCAUGUCAUUUUUCCUUAAUAAUAAAUGUGAUGGUGGUGAGUGAAAUACUGGCUCGCGAUCUAAGCAAAGCUCAGUCAUACGAAUAAUAAUUCCACUUUUUAGUGAACCUUCAUACCACUUCAUACAACAACUAAGUGGUAGUUAAUUUGACAGCUCAUGGCAAAGCGGAAGGGAAUUGGGCCACCAGUUCAAAUCCCACAACAGGUGCCACUGAGCAAGGCACCCAAACCCCCUGUGCUCCGGGUUUGUGUGUAAAAAAGAAUGUAAAUGUUCAAAGUCACUAUCACUAAUUGAUGUGUGUGUGUGCAAAUACAAGUAAUUCUAAUUCAUUGUGUUUAUUUUCAUGAUCAGUUGACAAUCUGGUGAUGUCAUCUGCAUGUGCUCGACACUGUGGGCGGACGUGUGGAUCAACUGUCAACUGUUGAUCCCGUUUAAAGGGCCAGCGUGUCAGAAUUAGCGACAUACCACAAAGGAUGUGCACACUCUCUUGGCCCUUUUCCACUAUAGUCCCAGCUCGCCUCGCCACGGCGCGGUUUAGUUUGGUUUUCCACUACGAAAAUAAAACUCAACGUGGGCGGAGUCAUCGCUGCACGGCUGCAUGAAACAUUCGUUUUACACCCCGACACACACACACACACACACACACACAAACGAGUGACUAGUGACUUGUAAAGCGGUUGUUUUCAGUGUCAUUAGAAUCAUUAGAAUCAGUUAAUUAAAACUAUUUGUUCAGUACUUCCUCCAUGCCUGGAGCACAGACUCCGUCUGACGCAGUCACUGGACUGAAAUACAGCGGCAGGGUUUGUGAUGCCGGUCGCAAUCAGCAGUGCUGACGCUAAAUACGCCACACUCCUCUGUUAAAUAUUGAGAUUUUAGACAUUUCCCUGGUAAUUGUUGGAGAUUUUUAACUGUUAACUAUCAACAGUUCGGCAUUGUUCGGCUUGAAUUUGGUGUCAGCGUGCUUGGAACCUCGUCAGAGCAGGUACGAUAAAAAGGACCUGGUACCAGGUACUACGCUAGCGGAAACGCAACUUCGCCGCGCCGUGCGGAGGCGGUGGAAACACGCCAUUUCACUCUCCUGUUCUCUCUGCCAUUGUCACCUUCUUUUACAUUGGUUUAUGCACAGCUUUUGUGUUCUCUUUGCGUCGUAAGCCUUCGGUUCGAAGCACGAAAUGCACGUUUGUUCGAGCUGCUAUAGAAACAUGGCAGGGUAAGGUGGUGCACAGCAGGACCCUUGCCUUAAGUAUAUAAAAUGAUAUAUACAUUUAAAACCAAAUGGUUUUGCGUUUCUAAUACGUUUAUUCAAACAUAUUUAACAGUGUUAAAGUCUAAAGCAGUUAAAAAAAAAAAACACUGAGGUCAUUAGUGGUCAGAAUCUUGUCAUUUCAUCCUCAGAAAGACAGCAGAGAAGCAUACUUCCCAAAAUAUAGAUCUGUUUUUAAUAACACCAUACAUCAUGAUUAGAUUAUAAGAAGCUUCUUUAAAGGGAUAUAAGGUAACAUCUUCCAGGUUUGCCUAAACUAUACAAGGACGUUAAUUCUUUCAAGCUUUUUGCAUGCACCUUUACAGUAUAAGCCUGUUUUUGCCAAAGCUGUGAGCUUGAGCCUGACCGGCUGAUUUGUGCAUGCACAAGCGUUUGGUAAUAGCAUACCUUGAUACUUAACAGAUUACUGACACAGUCCAAAUUAGAGUAUAACUGACCUGUGUGACUAUUUCUGGACAGUGAGUUUUGUGAUUUUUAAAACUGUACAAAGUCGUCUAAUCCCAGUGUCACAAGGACUGCAUGAUAUUUUUUUUUAGAUAUGCAGUAUCGUAUGGCGUCCUGACGUUGUCUUCCCGUAUAGCCUGUAGAGACUCGUACCUUUGCUGUAUGAGUAGAAUGGAGUCAGCAGCUGUGUGUGAUGCUCUGCCGUGGGUUAAGUGUUGCAUUAAUGUUUGUACAGCAACGGGAGAAGACGCUGGAACUUUGGCGGGUUUUUACUCCGACGUGGAAUUUGCUGAAUUUGCUAUUAAAUCACUCUCCAUUUGUGGAAAAGAGAGCUCGGUGACUUUAAAUAAAUCAUUAAAUAAGACUACACACACCAUGAGAAUGAACAUAGCUUUGAAGCGGUGGUGUAAAUUAUAUGUUAUCUGUUAAAUGAUUAAAAAAAAACAAAAAAAAAACCUGACGUUGACGGUUAAUUUAAGCGUAGCUUUAAGUUACAGUACUUUUUUCUUUGAUAUCAGUGAUUGUUUCUAAUUGGACCAUGCUUGCAAACCCUUCUGACACAUUUCUUUGUGUGUUAACGUUCUGGAUGCUGUUAGGUGUUUCAAUAAGGCAUUGUGCUAGUGUUUGACCAGCAACAGCAUGUCCCCUAACGACUCACAGGGCAUACCAUAAUGUAGAUAUAUUAUUACCUCUGUGGGUACAGUUUGAAACUCAGAGCCCUGUUGAGGAAAAAGCGGUCGAGAAGAAAAUGAGACGUACGCCACUCGUUUCCUCCUCGUGAUCCUAUAAUUGCAUAAUGUUCUUGUGCUCUAGGAUUGUUUUUUGUUUUGAAAACAGGGAAUCGGUGAAAGUGUACUGAAAAUGCUCUGUGUGUUGAAAACAUGCUGCUUUUACUGCUUUGAUAAAACAAUAAAACUCCUUCCAGUCAUUUUA